AUGGCAGCACUUAAAAUAGCGCACCUGCCAGCUCUCCCACUGAAAACAAUUGCUAGAAAUAGAAAGGACAAAAAUAUGAAUAUUGAUUUGCCGAAAAACAUGUCAUUUCUUGAUUUUGCUGGAGGGGCUCAACUGCUCCCAGAGGAGAACACCAAGACGGUUCUACCUGCCAUCCUGGUAGGGAUUAGUGUGACAGGAGGAUUGGGGAAUCUGCUCGUGCUACUGAUUCUCACUCACGAUUUUAGAACUGGAAGGGGGUCCGAAUUCAAAGCGCUCCUCGUCACCCUAAACUCCACCGACUUGUUGAUCCUGGUGCUGUGCGCUCCUGUGCGCGCGAUGACAUACUACCGACAGACUUGGACUUUGGGGACUUUCGUCUGCAGGACAGCGGAUUGGUUUCAGCACUCUUGCCUGGUGGCCAAAUCGCUGGUCCUUGCAGCCUCGAGCAACGCUAGACAUAACUUUGUUACAAGCACGUCUAAAAGCGACUUGUUUAAUACGACUAAAGUGUACGGAGCUCUGGUGCUCAUACUGAUGGCGUCCAUGAGCUUUCCAAUACCCCAAGUGAUGUUUGUUUCUUUAAAACCAUAUGGAGACAUCGACCUUUGCGUCUAUGACAUGCCGAUCUGCGCCUCCGACUUCAUGAACGUCUUCAACAAGAUCUACCCAACUGCUACUUUUGUUAUCCCGAUCUUUUUCAGUCUUGCAUUCUACACCAGAGCCUUGCGCAACACCAAGUCCACAAUGAACCACGCAGCCAGUCCGCAACUCCAGACCAAGGCUAUCCCUGUGAUGCUCUGCGUCAGUGGCGCCAACGCUUUCAUGCUCCUGCCGGAAUGGGGAACAUGGACAUGGAUCAAGCUUGGAGACGUUAAACCGCCUGUUGGUCUGGUCAUUUUUGCACAGGUGUUCCUGUAUGCAUGUAGCGCUCUAUCCCCAAUCAUCUUCCUGAGCAUAUACGACGAUGUGCGUCAGGGGCUGGCCGCCCUGUGGCGUUUUCUAACUUGCAGAACCUCCAAACACAUCGCCCUAGGCCGAGGUCCUAAAGCGGAUGGAAACGGAUCAGAGACAGGACCGAUGGUUAUUAACUCUGCGCUGGAGCUGGAAAGAGCGUCCUCGUCCGCGAGGCCAGAAGAUGUCGACGGCACGGCAAAGACCUUUCCGGAUGUGGCACUUUUUUGGACCGAGCGCAGGAACACUGCAGUGGAGGAGGAUCAGGAUGACCCGGUUCCCUGGGAACGAGAGGAGAAAUACAAUCAGUGAUACUGACAGGGAUUUCCCCAUAGACUCUACAGUAAAAACCUGUUU